UCAAGACAAAGCGACACGGUUCUUCUGUCAGCACUUUUCCAGUGUGUCCUCUCAUUUUCACAAGUCAAUAUCUGAUCAGAGACUGGCCCGCGUCCUGACUAGCUUUCUGUCUACAGAAAUAUUUCCUCUGGUCUUUGUGUUUGAUGUAGUUAUCGGGCAUCGGAGGAAUUUAGCCUACUAAAAUGCAGCACAUCCAGGUUCUACAUCAGAAUGCCAGCAAUUACGUUGCUUUCUAUUGGGGAUCAGAAACCUCUCGGAUUUCAUCAAAAAUAUCUUAAUUUGAGAUUCCCAAGAUGAACAAAGGUCUUGCGUGUUUGGAACAACAUGAGGAGCCAACAGAAAUGAACGGGCCUGACGUAGCAAAGAUGCCGGGCAGCGGGGUUUCAGGAAGUGAGGGAAAGGACCCAGUAGCCAAUGGGCAUGCAGAGAAUGAGUCCAACCCCUUUGCAGAGUACAUGUGGAUGGAGAACGAGGAGGAAUACAAUCGGCAGGUGGAGGAGGAAUUGCUUGAGCAAGAGUUUUUGGAGCGCUGUUUCCAAGAGAUGUUGGAUGAGGAGGAUCAGGAUUGGUUCAUUCCUGAGAGAGAUCUCCCAUCAGUCGGACAGAUUCAGCAACAGCUCAACGGACUUUCUGUCAGCGACGGCAAUGCAGAGGAAAUCUUGCGAAAGAGCAUCUUAAACCCUGAAGCCAAGGAGUUUGUCCCAGGGGUGAAAUACUAGUGAUCAUCGUUCCUCCUCUCUCAUACAAACAUCUGAUCAUAUACUCAGAGACUGUUGUGCCCAUGUUUUAGGAUGGUCACAUAAACGCACUCUUCUACACAACUUCGAAGGGGCAGGAAUACAGAUUUUUUUUUUUUGGGGUGGGAGGGAGGUAGGGGCUGAUUGUCUAUAAGCUUUAUAUUUCUGUUAUGUAUAAACCAAGGGUAUUAAGUUGAAACACGACCUCUAGGAGGUGCUGUGACUAGCUAAUAUCAUACUCAUUACCAGGCUGUUUUAUGUUCUUCUACCCUUGCCGAAAGGGCUGUUCUUGUCAUUGUUUCACAGUUUGUGCCUGAUCAGGUCUUUGCUUUCCCUCCCGGUUGUGUUUUCUUUUUCUUUCUUUUUUUUUUUUUCUUUUUUUUUUGUAGUGGGAUGUUUUGAUGCAUCUGUUCACACGCCUGAUUUUAAGGGGUGUGGCCAUAAAUGCUGGGGGUGUGUCUGGUGGUGGGCGGAGCCCCUUGGUUUGGGUUGGAUGCUGAGAAAAGGAUGUUGGGGAAUUCACAUGGAUUCAACUUUUGAUUUUGAAUUGAAAUUGUUACACGCAGGACUGAAUUUCAUUUAAAAAAUGGAAGAAAAAAGGCAAAUAAAGAAGAAAGGUUCGUACCCAA